AAGAGCUCAGCAGGUAAACAUGGCCGUGGAGAGGCGUCUGGCGUUCUCUAUCGUGCAGUUCCUUCGAGAUCAGACGCACCGCGGCGCUCUGAACUCUGACGAGCAGGAGAGCCUCGAAGUGGCGAUCCAGUGUCUGGAGACGACCUUCAGGAUCAGCUCCAGUGAACGCCACCUCGCCGUCACGCGGCCGCUCGCCGCCAUCUUCACCAGCUCGCUGCUGACGAAUGACAACCUCAGCGCUCCAGAGAGUUCUCCGUCUCCGGAGGACAUGGAACGAGCAGAACAGCUGAAGAACGAAGGGAACAAUCACAUGAAGGAGGAGAACUACAGGUGUGCAGUGGAGUGUUACACGGCGGCCAUUGAUCUGGACCUGAGGAACGCUGUGUACUACUGCAACAGAGCUGCCGCUCACAGUAAGCUGGGCAGCUACCGCGACGCCACGGCCGACUGCGAGCGCGCCAUCGGCAUCGACCCGGCCUACAGCAAGGCCUACGGCCGCAUGGGCUUGGCGUUGACGGCCAUGACCAAGUACCCAGAGGCAAUCACCCACUUCAAGAAAGCUCUGGUGCUGGACCCCGACAACGACACCUACAAGGCCAACCUGAAGGUCGUGGAGCAGAAGCAGAAGGAAGCCUCCAGCCCCAGAGAACAUAUAGCGGCUGGAUUGGGAUUCGACAUGGCGAGUUUAAUCAACAACCCCGCCUUCAUCAGCAUGGCUGCCAGCGUGAUGCAGAACCAACAAGUGCAGCAGCUCAUGUCGGGGAUGAUGUCCAAUGCAGUCGGGGGUCCGGCAGCAGGAGUGGGCGGGCUGUCGGACAUCUCCAGCUUAAUAGAAGCCGGCCAGCAGUUCGCUCAGCAGAUCCAGCAGCAGAACCCGGAGCUCAUCGAGCAGCUGAGGAACCACAUCAGGAGCCGCUCCUUCAGCGCAGAGGAGGACGCCUGAUGCACUCAGUUUCUCAUUUAUUUAUUGUUUUCCCAAGGAAGGGAAACAACCAUCGUUUACAAUCUCUACUCACAUUUCUUGAAUCGCGUCGCUGGAAUGAAGAGACGAGGACGAGGCACGUUACCGUGGCGACGGAGAGACGAAGCAUCCCACAACUCGUGUAUAUAUAUAUGACAUAGAAACAUCGUAAUAAACACCUCGUCGUAGAAAGAGAACUCACGCAGCCCUCUGGGGGGGGCGUAUCCGGUCUUCAGUGCUCUUCACAGUCUGCAGGUCGUGUUUUAUGACCACGGCUCUCGGCCAGGGGGAGAACUCCUCCAGCAUCUCGUCCUGCGUCUCCCACGGCAACCGGACACAUUCACAUCGCCUCGUGGAAUAUGAGUUGUAUAGACCGGUCAACUCCCAUCGCUGCUUUUCACGAGUACUAUUUCACUGUUUGGAUGAGGACAGCCGUUUGCAGCCUGCAUUGUGUCCUAGAAAUAUAUAUAAAUAUCUCCCUUUUAAGCAUAUUUAAUUGUUCAUUAACGAGCGAUGAAGUACACAGGUUGUUCGUUUUGCAUGCUCUUAAAUCUGGUAUUUGAGAUGUAGAUGCGUUAUGGAGGUAGGUGAGGUUAUUAUACUGAGGCAGCCAGAUGUUUAGUCUGAAAACGUGAAUAAAUGUCUU